CCUCGUGAGGAAGUCACGGAGUGCGCAUGUCGGGUCAGCUGAAGGUUUGAAAACACUUCCAGAAUCCUCGCUGUCUGUGUCCGGCGUGGAUUUUCGGCGGCAGCGGCAUGAACAGCGUCGGGGAGGCAUGCACCGAGCUGAAGCGGGAGUACGACCAGUGCUUCAACCGCUGGUUCGCCGAGAAGUUCCUGAAGGGCGACCGGAGCGGCGACCCGUGCACGGAGACCUUCCGCAGGUACCAGCGCUGCGUGCAGAAGGCCAUCAAGGAGAAGGACAUCCCGGUGGACGGGGUGGAGUUCAUGGGGCCCAACAAGGACAAGCCUGAGAGCUGAUGGAGGGAGGAAGGAGGGAGGGAGGGAGAGGGGGGACGAACUGGGACUCUCCCCCCAACCACCACCAGGGGCCCCGAGCAUGCGCAGAAACGGACUGUGAGAAGUGACGUCACAGAACCGGGCUCUUCACUGCAGUUGGGGCAAAUUCCUGCCUCUCUGCGGGGUUUCUGACGCCUUCAGGCUGGCGGCAACAUUUAGAGGAGAUGCUGCAUCAAAGUUCUGGUCCGGAUCCCGGAUGGUUCCGACACUGAUGGAUCAGACCUGCAGAAACAUGGAUCCCGACCCUCCAGCUGCUGUCAUGAAGCUCCUGUCUGUGUUCUGGCUUUUCUGUGUGAUGUUUUAUAAACAACAGAUAUGAAAUAUUC